CUGUUUGUACGCUUGAACGAAGCGCGCCAGAUUUGAAAUGUUAUCUGAUAGAGUCUAAUAAUAAGUUUGAAGAUACACUGCUGCGUUUCGGCUUAGACAUAUUGCAUAACAAAUCGUCAACACUUGCAUUGUAACAAUGUGUAUGUAUAAUAGACUCACGAAUAUAUUGCACAUUUGAUUCGAAUGAUUAAUUCUACCAUGAAAUGUAAAUGUUGAUUGAUAACACUGUCAUCGUUCGGUCUUUUACGUUUCCUCAUUGAGAGUGGGAGCGAAUUGAAAUCAACGAUUGCAGUCUUCGAUAUGAGUUUGUUUUUGGACUUCAUAAGAAACGUGUUUCUCAAGAUGUUGCAAAUCAUUUGGUUUGGAAAACGAAGAAUAUCUAACUCUUUGAGCAUAUACGUGAAAACGAAUACUGGCAAUGUGCUUGCUGUCGAUCUGGAUCCGAAAUGGGAUAUAAAAAAUGUGAAAGAAAUAGUGGCCUCUCAAAUGGGAACGUCACCCGAGGACAUCAAAAUUAUUUUUGCAGGAAAAGAGUUGCACAAUUCGACGAUAAUAGAGGAAUGUGAUUUAGGGCAACAAAGCAUUCUGCAUGCUAUUCGAGCACCUCACCAAAGAUUUAAUAGAAGCAGAGACACAAGUACCAUCGAGGAAUCUUUGGAGGCUUCUGAUUUCAAUGACAGUGGUGGCAAACCAUUGAAUGAAACUCUUACUGAUCUGCCUUUGGAUGAUUCUGACCUUCACGAGAAUUCGAUCAAGGAAGAGCAUCAAGAGACUCGUGCUCAUUUCUUCGUGUUUUGUUCAGCACCCUGUAAAGCGGUUACAACAGGCAAACUAAGAGUAAGAUGUGCUACCUGUAAUAGUGGGGCUGUUACUGUAGAUAGAGAUCCCGAAUGCUGGCCAGAUGUACUCCAGCCAAGGAGAAUAACAGUUCACUGUGAGAAUGAUUUAUGCCCUGCACCUGCAACAAUUUCUGAUGAUACUGAUACUCAAGUUUUAUAUGCUCGUUUUUACUUCAAAUGUGCAAGACAUGCCAGUCUUGGAGAACAAGAUGAAGCAGUUCCAUUGUAUCUUGUUAAACCAAACUUGAGGAAGAUACCUUGUUUAGCAUGCACAGAUAUUAAAGAUACAGUACUGGUUUUUCCAUGUGAAGCAGGACAUGUAACUUGCCUGGAUUGCUUCAAAGAAUAUUGUUCGGUUCGUUUACGAGAACGUCAGUUUCAAUUUGAUGAUAAUAGAGGGUAUUACACACUUCCUUGUCCAGCGGGGUGCCCCGAUUCUCUUAUACCUGAAGUGCAUCAUUUUCAUCUUCUCACUCCAGCACAGUAUGAACAGUAUCAGAGGUUUAGCACAGAAGAGUAUGUUCUGCGUGCUGGUGGUCUUCUAUGUCCGAGACCAGAUUGUGGGAUGGGAAUUAUACCGGAGACUCCAGAUGAUGGUAGCGAUCAAUGCAGAAAAAUUCAAUGUGUCGGUGGCUGUGGAUAUGUUUUCUGCAGAAGAUGUUUACAAGGCUACCACGUAGGAGACUGUGAAUCGUAUUCAUCGGAAUAUUCCAACGCAGAACUGAAGUCCGACGGAUAUUUGGUGGACCCGCAAAGAGCUAAAGAUGCAAAAUGGGACGAGGCUAGCAAGAAGACUAUAAAAAUAUCAACAAAACCGUGUCCGAAAUGUAGGACGCCGACUGAAAGAGAUGGAGGAUGCAUGCAUAUGAUUUGCACAAGAGCUGGCUGCAGUUUUCAUUGGUGUUGGGUGUGUCAAACGGAAUGGACAAGAGACUGCAUGGGUAACCAUUGGUUUGGUUAAUGUACAAACAAUAUUUAGAAAAUUAUAUAUUCUUAAACUGUACAAAUGUAAAAAGAAUAAAAUUUGGAUACUUUUGCUUUUUAGAAAUUUCGUUACUACUUAAUAUAAAGUUAAUUGUUAUAUAUACGACUAUUACAAAUUUAUAGUUGAACAUAAACUGUAGUAAAUUAUUAUGAACUAAACGUUAAUGUAUCUUUAUUUUGUUUAUAAAUAAAUAAUCUAAUAUGUUCUACGA